UUUCUGCAAAGAGGGAUAAAUAUAAUCCAUUGAGAAAUAGAAGAUAAACUUAACAAUAGUUUUUUUUGUGCCCUUGCAGAACACGUACAGAAAAUGGACAUCUCCGCACCAUGGUGUGAACGAGCCCUUACACCACUCAUGAACUAAAAGUGGACCUCAGCAGGGGCGGACUGACCAUUCAAGCACUCGGGCAAUGCCCGCGGGGGGGCCCUGGGUCAGUAGGGGGCCCCAUGAGAUGCCCCUGGUACCUGUCAUUGGCUUUUUCAUAGGCUUUUUUUGGGUGUGGGCGAGGACACAGGGGCCCCAUGAUCCCCUAUUGCCCAGGGGCACCAUGAGUUGUCAGUUCGCCCCUGCCUCUCUGUAAU